AUGCUGGCAGAUACCCUCACAGCCAAAGAGAGGGAGUCCCUUGAGGAGAAGGAGGAGACAGGGGGUGAAGGAGAGAAGGGGCAGGAGGAGGAUGAGAAAGAGGUGAAGGAAGAGAAGUCUGAGGAUGAGGAGGAAGGCGGCGAUAAAGGUAAAGAAGAGGAGCUGGAGGAGCUGAAGGCUCAGGUGUUGCAGCUACUGCUGGAGCUGGAGGAGACACGGGAGGUGUCUCAGAGACAUGAGGAGAGCUUCAUGGAGCUACAGGGUCUGUUAGAGGAGGAGCGGCUGGCCAGCGCCCACCAGGCCGAGAGCUUCACCCGGCAGAUCCAAAGGCUGCAAGCCCAGCUGCGUUCAGUCCAGGAGGAGAUGGACAGUCUGGAGGAGGAGAAGGAAAGCGAGCUGGAGGAGGUGCAGCAGGAGCUACGCUCAGCUCAAGAGGAGGUGCUAAUGCUGCAGCAGGCAGCCGAGGAGGCAGCAGCAGAGAGAGAGAAUGACAUUGCCUCCCUUCAGGAAGAGCUAUGCCGUCUGAGGGCGGAGCUACAGCGUCUGCACGCCACAACAGCCGAGUACGAACUUGAGGUGACAACACUGAGAGCUGAGCUGAGCAUGAAGAGCCACAGCACACUGACACAGGGUGAGGUCACUCAGCUGCAGGACGAGUUCAACUCUCUAACAGACCAACAUCAGAAUCUGACUAGUGACAACAAACAGCUGAACAACAAGGUGGAGGAACUGCAACAACAACAAGACACGUGUGAUGACGUGUAUCUGGCAGUCAGAGCGGAGGGCAGUACUGAAUAUGAAAAGGACAACCAGGUGAAGGCGGACUCUUAUAUCACGGUGUUCCAGUCCAGACCUGAGCAGAAGGACUCAUCUGAUAUACAGGAGGAGAUCAGCAUCCUGAAGGUCAAACUGAGACAAGCUGAGGAGACAGCGCAGAAGGUCCAGAGAGAGUGUGAAGGUUUGAAAGGUGAGCUGGCCGAGCUUCAGCAGCUGUAUGACUGCAGCCAGCGGGAGCGAGCGGCACUUGAACAGGAGCUGCAGCGCUGCAAGGCUGAGCUGCAAAAACUGGUGGGCAGGAAGUCACAGAACUGCACUCGCCAGUCUGAGCCCCCUGUUCUCUCCAUCCCCUUCAUAGGAAUGAUUGUAAUAGUGGCCUUGAUUUGGUGCUGGUGGGAGGAACUGGCGUCUUAGAUGGGACCAGCGCGACUGUGAAGGCUGGAACCUGGCAGUGGUGGCAGUCGCCGUGGCAGCCAUUGCUGU